UUGACGAUUAGUCUUCCUUGGAGUGCAUUGUAGGAUGGUAACGCGAAUUUUAUAAAUUAUUUAAUUCAAAAUUUAUAUUUUGCGCGCUCAAUUAAAAAUGUCUUAUUUUUAAAUUAUUAUUUGUUCAAUUUUUUUCUCAUUUUUUUUUUAUUUAUCCAAAUUGGAUUGAUUUUUUUUGCAUAAAUAAUAUAUAAACGAACACACGUGGCUGUUUCUCUGGUUAAAGUGUUUAAAACGUGGGCUUGUGGCGAGUGAAUUCUGGCGGGAUUCUUGAGGGGUAAGAGGGUGAUUAAAGAAAGAAGACGCCUCAGUUCAGAGUGCACAUGCUGAGGAUACGACAACUCGCUCGUUCAGAGAUCUCUCCAUCAUCAUGAGACCCUGGGCGAACAAGAACAUCAUUUUUGGAAUAACUGGACUCAUAUUUAUUCUCAUCGGAGGAUUUCUUUCAAUUUAUUGGCCUUUCAUUUUGGAUCAUAUUUUACAUAAGGAACUCACUUUAUCACCAACAUCAAAGGCUUAUGAAAUUUGGAAAAAUUCAAGCAAGCUUCCAGUGCAUUUGAAAAUUUAUUUUUUUAAUUGGACCAAUCCUGAAGAAAUUGAAAAUCAUGAAAAAAAACCAAAUUUUGUACAAUUAGGACCUUACAGUUUUCUUGAAGUGAGAGAAAAGGUGAAUGUAACAUUUCAUCCAGAAAAUGGAACAGUUAGUUAUUUUCAAAGAAAAUUCUGGCGUUUUGACGAAAAGAUGAGCAAUGGAUCUUUGGAUGAUAUAAUUGUACAACUCAAUGUCGUUGCCAUUACUGCUGCACGAAAAGUAUUGACUCUACCAACAAUGUAUCAAGGUGCUUUUGCGCAACUUAUGGACACAAUGAAUAUGAAACUUUAUAAUGUCAAAACAGUGAAUGAAUUAACUUUUAAAGGAUAUGUGGAUCAUCUUAUUCAAUUAAAAAAUACAGUACCAAUGGAGGGUGAUGAUUCACCUCCUUUCGAUCGUUUUGGAUGGUUUUAUAUGAGAAAUGGAUCGACACUAUUUGAGGGUCACAUGAAUAUGGAAACGGGAGAGAGAGACUUUUCAAAAAUAGGAGUGGCAAGACGAUGGAAUUACAAAGACACUAUGAAAUUUUACAAAGUUCCUUGCAAUACCGUUGAAGGAAGUGGCGGAGAAUUUUGGCCACCACUUCGAAAUUUUGGUGAUUUUUCAUCACCUUUCCGAAGGGAUGAUAUUAGUUUAUUCAGCGCGGAUUUAUGCAGACCUCUGACGUACGAAUUUAAACGAGAAGUCACUCACAAAGGUAUCCAGGGAUAUCAAUUUACGCUUGAUCAUAAAACACUGAAUAACGAUACUAAAAAGCGUUAUCCUCACGAGCAGGCGAGAUACUUUGAACCAACAACAACCACGGAGGAUUUUUUUUCAGCUGAACCCACCUCGCAAUCAAUUGAAAAUGACGAGGAUCCAGAUGUGGUGAACAUUGGUCAAUGCUUUUGUAAUGGCGAUUGUAGUCCAAUGGGUCUCAUGAAUAUUACUGCAUGUCGUUAUGGUGCACCUGCAUUCGUUAGUCUACCUCAUUUUCAUAAAGCCGAUCCGAUUUUAAGGGAUCGAGUUAUUGGAAUGAAUCCCAAAGAUGAUGAACACAAUUUUUACAUUACUUUAGAACCUACUUCAGGAAUCCCUAUAGAUGUAGCAGCAAGAUUACAGAUCAAUAUUUUGUUGCAGCCAUCUAAGUUUGCAUCAUUCUUGAAAGAUGUUCCUACGAUAUACUUUCCAGUAUUUUGGUUCAGUUUAAGGGCUGGCCUCCCUGACGACAUGACUUGUCAAAUGAAAAUGUUAGUCAUGACACCUAGUUUAAUGCAUUAUGGUAGUAUAGGACUUUUAUUCAUUGGAUCUUUAUUCAUUUUGGGCACUGCGAUUCUGUGCUAUUGCCAUCAUGGAAAGACAGGCUCUUCGGAGUCCUCGACAAGAAUGUCAGUUACAUAUCCAAAUAGAAAAGCAGAGCUGGUUUAUAUGGAUAAAACUGAUAAUGAAGAUCCUCAAAUAAAAAGCGAUCGACGUUUAUAUCCGAAAUUGUAGAUUUUUUUUUUUACGUCAGAAAGUGAGAAAAUAUUUUUUAAUGGCUCACCUUUAAGAAAAGGCAUUCAAUGAAAUUAAUAUUUAAGUGAUAAUAAUUUGCCGAUGAAAGAAAAGAAAUUUUCCUGUUGAAAGGGUUUUUAUUUUUUUUAUUUUUUUGAACAAAUCUAUGCCAAGACUGUGAUGAAAGAAAAUAUUUUUAAACACAUUUUUGAAUGUUUUUUUUAUAGAUUGUUAAACUGUAAAAUGAUUAUAGUGAAUACUGAUAUUAAAGUGCCAAAAUUUUUUUUUACACAACUAUAUUUAAAUGAAAAACUUUCUUUUAAGAAAUUUGUAUUACAUAAAAAAAAAUUUCUUUACUGAAAGGUUUCAAAAAUACACUUUUUCUAUUUUGUAAAAAAAUAUUUUAUCAUUAUCCGGCCAUUCAAAAUUAGGAUUAAAGACAACAUUUGGUAAAUUUAGGUAAGAAAAAAAAAUUUUGUAAUAAAAUCGAAAAUUAAAGAAGAUUUUUUUUAGAACACUGCAAAAUUUAAAAGAAUACUCGGUAAAACUUAAGAAAAAUUUUUAAUUUAAGAGAUAAUUAUUAAAAAUUUAAGAAAAUAUUUUAAAAUUUUAAGAAAGCAUUUUUUAGAAUUUAGAAUAGAAUUUUGUAUAGUUAAAAUAAUACUUUGUUUAAAGAGAAAAUAUUUUCUAAAGUUUAUAAAAAAUAGAAUAUGAAAAAAAAAAAUAAUCUUUUUUGUAGAAUUCGAAAUGGCCAGAUUUCAAAGACAAAAAUAUUUUUAAGGGACCAACAUUGCCUUCAGUCUUCACUAAAAGUUGUGCAAAACUAUUUGAGACAAUGAGAACAAUCGUCAAUAUUUACGAAUGACGUGACAAUAUAGUUACCUAAUUUCAAUGACUGCAACAAAAAAUAAUCUAAGUAAGAUUUAAAUUUUAAAUUAACAAUUAAACCAACGAAUAAUGAAAAUCCAAGCUCAUUAUAGAAUAAGUAGUAAGUUAUUACGAGAACCUCUAUAAUAUUGUAAUGCAA